AUGCUAGAGGAAAAAAUUUGGAAACUUGAAUCAUUUGAUAAACUUCUUGACCAUACCAUUGGAAGUCAGCUUACUUCCAAGCCUUCAUAUUUCUCUUCCGACAACAUAAACCAGCUCUAUGCGUCUAUUGAGGAAUUUGAUGGUGAUAUUGAUCGCCUGAUUGAUGACUGGGGGGUACUAUAUCCUUCGGUGAAAAGCCAAUUAGAGACAGCGGAUGAACUGAACUUGAUGAAUAGCUUUGCCGAUAUCUUACUUGAGAACGGAAAGCUUGAGUUGGCUACUUCAGUAGAUGAGGAUAUUCAAGAGAUAUUGGAGUCCGAUGCAGAAAACGAGUUGGACGAAUGGAAUCGCCAUCGUUUUUACUCGCUCAUAAAUGGAAGAUGGAGUGGCCAAGCAAACUCGGCGACGAUAACCAACUCUAGCGGCUCACAACAGAGCCAAGCAGGCCUUUGGCAAACACAUCUUCAGAAUAAAACACACAAGUUCAUGUAUGGCAAAGACGAACAAUUCUUUGGCACAAACGGCACCGGGGGCCCAGCGUACGAGCCUGUCAAAAUCGCAGUCCUCGAUUCAGACAUUUCUCCCAAACAUCUAAAGCCAUUCAGAAUGCGAAUCAAAGCCAGAGAGAACUUUGCGGGCGGGCAACAGAAUGCUGCCGACGCUGAUCAUGGCACGACAGUUGCUCAGUUGGUGCUCAAAGCGUGUCCAACAGCACAUGUAUACGUUGCUCAAGUCACCAAGCUGAAUUCAUUUGGCGAAUCUGCCGUUGACGCUGAAGCCGCAGCAAAGGCAAUUGAAUACGCAGCUGAUCCGACAGGCUGGGGAGUUGAUAUCAUCACCAUGUCGUUCGGCUGGACGCACGUCAACAAGCGCAUUAGCGAGGCUCUUUCUUUUGCUAAACAGCAUGGAGUCCUCAUGUUUGCCUCGACGACAAAUUACGGAUUUGCCGAAACAAACAGCAUUCUCUACCCAGGUCGCGCGCAAGAAGUAAUCUGUGUAGACGCUGCAGAAGACACCGGGCAGUUGGCGGGCUUUGCCAUUGAGGAUAUCAUCCAAGGGCGCAUCGAGAGAUUCUCAGCCCCGGGCCUAGGUAUAAAGAGUGCUAUUUCAGGCGAAUCAAUGGAUGGAAGCUCCUUUGCGUGUCCCCUGGCUGCAGGAAUUGCGGCAUUAGCACUCGAGUUUGCCAGACAAAUCCCUUUAUGCGGUAGCAAGAGUGUGCAAGAAGCAGUUCAGCAGCGCGAGGGCAUGGUAAGAAUUUUGAGGGAAAUGUCAAAGCUAAACUCAUCGUCGUCAUCCAGGUUCCUUUGCCCGUGGGAGCUUUUGGGUGAUGAUGAUGGACUUUACGGAGGCGAUGGGCGGCCUGGCAGCGCAAGAUAUUUCGUUGCCUAUCGCUUUGUCCGUCUUCUAAGGCAGGAAUUUGGUUCAGAUAUUGGAAAGGAAAUAUUUCCUUAA